AUGCUCGAUUAUAAUUCGGGAUCCCUUGCGGCCGCAAUUUGCUGUCUUCUUGUCGUCACCGUCCUCACUUUCCCAUCUGUAUUCUCUAUACUCUCUCACUUUCGUGAGAAAGGAAAGCAAGAUCCCAAUAACUAUAAGGAUAAAGAUGGAGUUUCCACAGAAGAAACAAUCGCUGCAUUUUCAACAAAGGUCCCUAAAACACUACUCGUCCUAUCUACACUUCUUGGACUAGGAACAUCUUUAGCUCUAGCAAUCUUAGAUAUCUUUCAUCAUGAUGGACUGAAGCUUGAAGAUUGGAUCAAUGUGGCACUAUGGUCCUUCAUUUUAAUCCAAGCGGUGAGCACUAUACUAAGCAGAAGUCCUACGAAAUCAUUUGCCAAUGGUGCUCGUGCAACAAUCUCCAGCAUCUGCCUUUUCGCCCUCUGUCUUUUCGAAGAUAGUCUUAUCGUGGAAAAUCAAACUGCCCAGGAUGACUUCAGUUCAAGUGCGACUUUCUGGCUUCGCAUAUCUCAAUUGAUACUCGCCUUAUUCGCCGCCAUUUCCGGUAUCUAUUUUCCUCGCCGUCCUCAUGUUACUCACAACAAACGGCCAGUUGAUGGCAUGUUGUCCGUUUCUGCGUUUGGGAGAUUUACUUUCUCCUGGGUUGGAGAUAUAUUGGCUUUAGCCUCUGACAAGAAGCGCCUGGAAUUACAAGAUCUCCCUACAAUGGAUCACUAUACUAGGGCAAAGGACCUCAGUGAAGCAUGGGAGGAGAGGAAGCAUACCAAAGCGCUCUGGAUCGAGAUCUUCUUGGCGCAUAAAUCGCCUUUCGUUUUUCAAUGGAUCCUUACUGUAUUCCAAGCUUUUGGAAAUUUUGCACCACAAUUUGUGACCUAUCAGAUUUUGAAGAUGUUGGAGGUUCGUCAACCGGGAGACAAAGUACCGUUCACGGCUUGGAUCUGGGUAACAACAUUAUUCUUGGUCACUCUAGCCGCAGCAUGGAUCGAAUCCUGGAUGUUCUGGAUUUCCUGGUCCGAACUUGCAAUUCCUAUUAGAUCACAAUUAUCUUCUCAGAUUUUCCAGAAAGCCAUGAGACGUAAGGAUGUGAAAGGUGCCGCUAGAUCAGGGAAGAAGUCUAUGGCUGUUACAUCCGAAGUAGCUCAAGGGUCAAUCGCACAAGACAAACCAGAAGAUAACGAAGAAGAAGAUAGUGAUCCAAAGGGAAGGCAAUCUACAGUUAAUUUGAUUGGUGUAGAUGCCAAAAGACUAUCUGACUUUUGCUCAUUCAACAAUUACUUUCCUGGUGCAGUGUUCAAGCUUAUCGUCUCUUUUUCUUUCUUGAUCAGUAUCAUUGGAUGGCAGAGUUUGGUUGCAGGAAUGUUGGCGAUGUCUUUGACCAUCCCUCUCAACAUUUACUUCAGCAAACGUUACUCAGCAGCUCAAGACAGACUGAUGAAGGUUAGAGAUGUUAAGAUGGCAGUUGUGACUGAAGCACUUCAAGGUAUUCGCCAAAUCAAGUUCUCCGCUUUAGAAUCGAAUUGGGGCAACAAAAUUGGAUUGGUUCGAAAGAAGGAGUUGGACGAACAAUGGAGUGUCUAUCUAAACGAUACGAUGUUACUUUUUUGCUGGAUUACAAGCCCUAUCGCUCUUGCCGCAGUAGCAUUGGCUGUAUAUGCAUACCUACACGGGGUUCUUCUGCCAUCGGUCGCUUUCACUGCCAUUGGGGUCUUUGUCAAUCUUGAAGUUACCCUUAGUGUCAUUCCGGAACUUACUACAGACUUGAUUGAUGCCUACAUUUCUAUCAAGCGUAUUCAAAGGUACCUAGAUGGUCCAGAAAUAUCCGAGAAUACCAGUGAUGCUCCCAAUGUCUCAUUUGAGAAAGCCUCUAUUGCAUGGCCGUGUGCUGAGGGUGAAGAUGAGAUGGACGGAAACGAACGAUAUGUCUUGAGGAAUGUAGAUGUCUCAUUUCCCAAGGGAGAAUUGAGUGUCAUCAGCGGUAAAACCGGUACAGGCAAAAGUUUAAUGUUAGCUUCGAUCCUGGGAGAGGUUGAUAUCCUUGCCGGUAAGGUACACGUUCCUCGAGGUCCCAGAGCCGCAGAUCGUCACGAUCAUCUUGCCAACAAAGAUAAUUGGAUCAUUCCGACCUCCAUCGCAUUCGUUGCUCAAAUUCCUUGGAUUGAAAAUGCUAGCAUCAAAGACAAUAUUCUUUUUGGAUUACCACUUGACGAGGGUCGUUAUCAGAAGGUUAUCGAAUACUGCGCUCUUCGCAAAGAUUUGGAAAUGCUUGGGGAUGGUGAACAUACCGAAAUCGGCGCAAAUGGUAUCAAUUUGAGUGGUGGGCAGAGAUGGAGAGUCACCUUCGCUCGAGCCCUUUACUCUCGUGCUGGUAUAUUGGUUCUUGAUGACAUUUUCAGUGCCGUCGAUGCUCACGUUGGUCGAUUUAUUUAUGAAAAGGGUCUUACUGGUGAACUUGGUGUCGGACGUACCCGUAUCCUGGUUACUCAUCACGUUGCUCUUUGCAAAGCUAAAGCAAAAUAUCUCGUUGAGCUCGGUGAUGGAACUGUAGAAAGUGCUGGUUUUCUUUCGGAUCUGGAGGAAGCAGGUACCCUUGAACGUAUUAUCAGUCAUGAAGAAACAUCGGAACAAAUUGCAGAGGACGAGGCUCCCAUUACAGAAUCGGAAUCAUCUACUGUUAUCAAUGCAUCUGAGUCUUCCGACGAUGAGAAUACCAAUGGCAAUUCGUUAACGAAGGUACAAUCAAGAAAGGAAGAACCAAAGAAAUUCGUCGAAGAAGAAACGAGAGAGCAGGGCCGUGUCAAAGGUAAAGUCUACGGUCAUUAUAUAAAGGCCUCUGGCGGAUGGUCAUUCUGGUCACUUGCCGUAAUUGCCUUUAUCGGACAACAAUUCUUAAUUACUGGUCGUUCUUGGUGGUUGAGACUUUGGACAGCAAGCUAUGAGGAAUCUAGCAUCCCUACUUCCAUGUUCAAAGUUCAAAUUGAUAAUUUUCCAUUAUACGGAUCCACUCAUAAUUCUUCAUUCCAAGCAGAGUCUAUCAAGCAUAAUACCUCAUAUUAUUUGAUUGUAUAUGUUUGUCUUUCCGCAGUUUCUGCAAUUGUGGGAACUCUCCGAUAUUUCUGGAUUUACACUGGCUCUAUUCGUGCAUCUAAGAUUCUUUUUGAUAGACUUUGCUUCACGGUCUUAAGAACACCUUUAAGAUGGAUGGACACAGUACCACUCGGUAGAAUUUUGAACCGAUUUACGACAGAUUUCAAUGUGGUUGAUGGAAGAUUGGCCAAUGACAUCGGAUUCGGGGCAAACAACCUUUUUGCAUUGAUUGGUAUCAUUUGCACAGGUAUCUUCGUCUCUCCAUGGAUUCUUCUCAUGUCUUCAAUUCUCUUGGCGCUAUGUGUUUAUAUUGCAAUCCUCUAUCUACCUGGAGCAAGAGAAGUUAAGAGAAUUGAAUCAAUUUCUAAAUCGCCAAUCUUCGAGCAAUUUGGUUCCGCUCUCACCGGUGUCGGUACCAUUCGGGCAUUUGAUAAGACUGAUGUCUACAUCAAAAGCAUGUGGGCCAAGAUAGAUAAUCAUUCUACAUCAUUCUGGCAUUUGUGGGCUUUCAAUCGUUGGAUGGGAUGGCGCAUGUCAUUUAUUGGAGCAUUUUUCGCCACUAUUGUUGCUAUUGUCAUUAUUCUCAUCCCUUCCAUCGAUGCCGCGCUUGCAGGAUUUGCCUUAUCCUUCGCACUUUCUUAUGGUCAAACAGUCAUUUGGACAAUUCGUCAUUAUACUAACCUUGAACUUAACAUGAAUGCAGCAGAACGUAUUAUUGAAUAUUCGAAUCUGAAGACCGAAUCUCUAGACGGACCGGAUCCCCCAGCCGCUUGGCCAACUGAAGGUCGUCUUGAAGUCAAUGAUUUAGUUGUCUCAUAUGCCGAUGAUCUUCCACCUAUCCUCAAAGGUCUUACUUUCCGUGUGGAACGGAGCGAACGAAUCGGAGUAGUUGGACGUACCGGGGCCGGUAAAUCAUCAUUGACUCUCGCACUUUUCCGAUUCCUCGAAGCUCGCGAAGGAACCAUUCACAUCGACGGUCUCGACAUUUCUAAAAUUAAUUUACAUUCUCUUCGUUCCCGUUUGGCCAUCAUUCCACAAGAUCCCGUUUUAUUUUCCGGUACCGUUAGAUCUAAUCUCGAUGCAUUUGAUGAUCAUACCGACUCCGAGCUCCGCGAUGCUCUCGAACGUGUACAAUUGAUUCCACCAAGCGGACAAAAUACACCAUCCACAUCAGGCACCUCAACACCAUCCCUUCAACGAAACAAAAAUCCCUUCACAUCUCUCACAUCACCCAUCACAGAAGGUGGACUCAAUCUUUCUCAAGGCCAACGACAACUCCUCUGUCUCGCCCGCGCCAUCGUCUCACAUCCUAAAAUCAUGGUCCUAGAUGAAGCCACCUCAGCCGUGGAUAUGGAAACCGAUGCCCUGAUUCAACGUUCCAUCAGACAAGAAUUCACAGAUAGUACCUUAAUCGUCAUAGCGCAUCGUCUCAGCACAAUAGCAGAUUUUGACAAGAUUUUAGUAUUGGGUGAGGGAAAGGUGGUGGAAUUUGGUACGCCAAAAGAACUUUGGGAGUUGAGUGAGGGGGUUUUUAAAGGGAUGGUGAAGGAGAGUGGGGAGAGAAGUAAGUUGGAGGAUAUGAUUUUGAUGUCUUAG